AUGGAAGUAGUAAAUGUUAAACAACAUACUCAAAUGAAAACUCUCAUUGAAUACUGUGAAAAAAGAAUAGAUUCUGAUAAUUCUCCUGGUAUAACUAUUGUUGGAGAGGAAAAGGCUGUUAACAAAGCAAUUUCUAUCGCAGAAAUUCUUAAAAAUAAGUAUUCAUUAAUAGAAACAACAACACUCGAGGAAUCUGUAGCGAAAAAUGAACCAAAGCUAACAAUAUAUCUUAAAAAAACACAAAAUUCAAAAUAA